ACUGGAAGCUGGCAGCAAAGAGGUUGACCUAAACCCACAUCCGGCAAAAUAUGGAUGACUCCGGGGAAGACAUAGACCAAAUGUUCAGCACUUUGCUGGGGGAGAUGGAUCUUCUGACCCAGAGUUUGGGAGUGGACACUCUUCCUCCUCCUGAACCUAAACCAGCCAGCGCUGAAUUUAACUACACUGUGGGCUUCAAAGAUUUAAAUGAAUCCCUCAAUGCACUCGAAGACCAAGAUUUAGAUGCACUCAUGGCGGAUCUGGUGGCAGACAUACGAGAGGCUGAGCAGAGGACUAUCCAGACACAGAAAGAGCCUGCUCAGCAUCAGCACCCCUCAGCGCCUCUGGAGGCCUCCAGUUAUGGCGGUGCUGCCUCUGCUGAUUAUGGAAUGCCCACUGCGAGGACUGUGAGCCAGUACGAAAAUGAUCUGCCGCCCCCACCGGCUGACCCCAUGUUGGACCUGCCACCACCUCCGCCACCUCCUGAACCUCUUUCUCCGAAAGAAGGAGAGAGGGAGAGCAAGAAAGAUAAAGGAAGGAGAGAAAGGAAAGAGAGAAAAAGAGCAAGAACUCCUCAGCUCGUGGUCAAGGUGCACAUGCAUGAUAACAGCACAAAGUCACUGAUGGUGGAUGAGCGACAGUUGGCCCGAGAUGUUCUGGACAAUCUUUUUGAAAAAACCCAUUGUGACUACAAUAUAGAUUGGUGUCUUUAUGAAAUAUACCCAGAAUUACAAAUCGAGAGGUUUUUGGAAGACCAUGAAAAUGUUGUGGAAGUCUUAUCCGAUUGGACAAGAGACACAGAAAAUAAAGUGCUAUUUCUGGAGAAGGAGGAAAAAUACGAUGUAUUUAAAAAUCCCCAGAAUUUCUACUUGGAUAACAAAGGAAAAAAAGAAGGCAAGGAAACCAGCGAGAAAAUUAAUGCUAAGAACAAGGAGUCUUUACUUGAGGAAAGUUUCUGCGGAACAUCCAUCAUUGUCCCCGAACUUGAAGGAGCUCUUUAUUUGAAAGAAGAUGGAAAGAAAUCCUGGAAAAGACGCUAUUUUCUUUUACGGGCUUCUGGGAUAUAUUAUGUACCCAAAGGAAAGACUAAGACAUCCCGAGAUCUAGCAUGUUUUAUACAGUUUGCAAAUGUCAACAUUUACUAUGGGAGUCAGUGUAAAAUGAAAUACAAAGCACCCACCGACCACUGCUUUGUUUUAAAGCAUCCUCAAAUUCAGAAGGAGUCUCAGUAUAUUAAGUAUCUCUGCUGCGAUGAUGCAAGAACUCUCAACCAAUGGGUCAUGGGAAUAAGGAUUGCCAAGUAUGGAAGGACUCUCUAUGACAACUAUCAGCUAGCUGUGGCAAGGGCUGGACUGGCCUCACGGUGGACAAAACUGGGGACAAACACAGCUAAACCAGCUCAGCGGGCUCCAGGCCCCAGCCAGCCAAAUGGUGGGAUCCCCCAGGCCACAGCUUCUAUCAGUACUGUCCACCAAGAGGCCCAGAGAUCUGUCGAAACAACUAAGGACAAGAAGCCAGCCCCGAGCAGCCACGACCCAGGCCCUCCCCAGGGCGGUCACCUGCGCAAGUCCGUCCUGCCUCCGCCCCCUCCGAUCCGCCGGUCCUCGGACACCGGCGGCAGCCCCUCGCUGCCCCCCAAAGCCCCGGGCGUAAAAACUGAUUGCAAUGACAGAAAGGGAGACAGAGAUGAUUCACUUCUUGAUGGACAUGCAGAACAUUUGCCUUCUCAUGACAAGUAUUUGUCAAAUCAGUUACUCCCAAAUAUUGAACUUCUAGACUUUCAAAAGUACAAAGCAUUGGGCUAG